GCUGCUCAGUCUACUGCACCACUUGGCCUUUCCUCCCAGUGGCUCGUGGGCUUUAGCUUCUUCCUGUUCCCUGGAGCGUCGUUUUCCCUGCGGAGCCGCUACCGCCCCCAGCACGUCUUCUUCGGCGCCGCCAUCUUCCUCCUCUCCGUGGGCACCGCCCUGCUGGGCCUGAAGGAGGCGCUGCUGUUCGAACUCGGGGCCAAGUACAGCGCGUUCGAGCCCGAGGGCGUCCUGGCCAACGUGCUGGGCUUGCUGCUGGCCGCCUUCGGCGCCGUCGUGCUCUACAUCCUGACCCGCGCCGACUGGAAGCGGCCCCUCCAGGCCGAAGAGCAAGCGCUCUCCAUGGACUUCAAAACACUGACG